UCCAAUUUUUUUUUUUAUCCAACCAUUUGUCCUCCUGACUUUUUUUUUUUUUUUCCAUACUCAUCCUUGUCAGUAUGUGUGAACUCAACCUGUUCUCCAUCGUCCUCACCUGUUGUACUUCCAGCUUUAUUUAUGUAUUUUUGUCAUUUAUUUUUUCCCCACUGUUCAUCUAUCCUCUCGUCAUAAUUCUGGUCCGUUUUCUUGUCUGACCAUUUAACCCUGCACUUCACUAUACAGUGUACCUGCCUGCAAACAUGUUGAAGGUUGUCACACUGUUCAACACUUUUCUCAGUGUGCCAUCGAUAAUGUUCAAUCUAUUUUCUUUAGUCCAUAUACAAAUGCACUCCAGUAUUUCGUCAUUUCAUCACCAAGUUGUCUUUUCUUCUCCUCUAAACUUCAUCUCAGCCUUAUACUUCUUUAUCUUCAUUGUUUUCUUUGUCAACCUUUGAAAGCUACAUUGUCCACUUUUAUAAAUCCCUUUUAACUCUUCUUCCACAUACAGUGGAUUUUUGACACUAUAGCUGUUGUUUUAGACCAGGACCUUUGUGUCUCCACACUCUGUAACCACACUCUAGACAUAUAAUGUAAUUAAAAGUAUGUUUAAAAUAUAAUGGUACAUUCUGUCAGCCAUCAGGGAUAUUGUAACUCUGGCUCCCUUCACCAAACUUAAAAAAAAUGUAUAUCUCAUAUGAUUGGGAACGACCCAUUAAUUGGAUCAAUGCUUGGUUAAACUACUACAUUUUAAGGAAUUAUUCCAGGAGAUAUUCCCUCGUAGUGUGAUUACAGGACUGUGAUAUGAAACUAGAGAGAUAGAUGCAUAGAUAGAUACUGUAGAUGAAUAGAACUUUAUGAAUCCCUUGGGAGUUCCCUUCAGUAAAUUAGGGUUUUUUUAUAGAUAGUAAUAGUAUCUAAAUAUUAUCUAUAUAUCUAAUAUUCUAUUCUAAUUAUUAUUAGAACUAUUUAAAUGCACAGGAAACCAGUACAGAUCUAAAGAUAAUAAUAAUCAAAAAUUCUAAAUGUAAAGAAUUCUUUUCAAUUCUUUGUUAAACACACAGCUAUACAAUAUCUUAAACACAUUUUUCUUAAAUCCUGAUAUAGACCCUCUGCAUAUUUAGAGGUUUACUCAAAGCUAAGUGCUGCCUCAAAGAGCACAGUUUAUAUGUUCUCUCUGUACAUGUGUUUUGGGAUAAAAGGGAAAUCUAACCCUCACUCUCUGCUCUGGUCUUGUAGGUUCUGUAAAGACAGGCUGUAAUCAACAUGGACAUAAUUAGAGAGGACUUGUGGGAGGCAGAGAAGUCCUGGGACUCGCCCUGCAAGUCCAUCUGUCUGCUCUUCAUACUUCUCUGCCCUCUGCUGUGCUGCUGUGGCGUCAACAAGAUAAACCUGGGAAAAAAGACUCUUCUCACUUGGGUGUAAAGAUGAAGUCUCACUUGGUUUUCCACGUCACUUGUAUGACGCUGCUGUCUCUGUGCAUCACUCUCUGUCGCUCCGCUCCGAUGUUCUACAACACAUCUCUGGACAGCAGUGGUGAUGAAGAACUGGAGCUACUUUUCCCAGUCUCCUUCUCUACACGGGCACCGGUCCACAUCACCACAUCUACUGUAACCCCCACCCUGAAGGACACCAUCACCACCACCAUGAUCCGCCUGAAGGACUUUGUCCUGACCAGAGUGGUGGACUUCCUGCAGGAGAACAUGUUGAUCAUCAUCGUAGUCACCUCUCUUCUCAUCGUCAUGGUCUUCAUCAUCUGCUGUGCUUCUGCUAUGAGUCAGAAACGGAAGCUAGAGGCCUACAAGCCCACUGCUAAUCCACCCAGGAAGUACAUGGCAGAUAAGAAUGCUGCACUCAAGAACGCCAGUGAUCUCCAUGAGAGGUCCUACGCCGUGGACCAUGUCCAGAUCCAGAGCAUGCCCUCACCAAAACACCUGCGCUCCCCAUCCAAAGCUCUGGUGGGAGAGAAAGGAAGGGACGUCAGGUCGUCCCCUCGGCAGGAGGUAAGGAAGGUGAGGAGGGAAGAGGAGGUGGAAAAGCAGAGAGAGGAGCCCAGACACAAGGAGCAGUCCAAGCAAAGGGAGGAGAUACAGCAGCGGAGCUCCAGCACCAGUCAACCUGUCUGCACAUGUCAUCUGAAAAAGGCUCAUAACUAAUGCAAGGUUCAGGAUCAGAGAGAUUCAAAAUAUUUUAUCCUUAGCAUUAAACUUAAAAAGUAAAAAAAAAAAAUCUGGAAAAUUUUCUGAAAAGAUGUCAAGCUGCAGCAGGCAAGAUCAUUUUUUAUUUUUUAUUUAUUUUUUUAAUACUCACGUUUUGAGAUUUGGGUUAAGCUCUUCUUAUUAAAUUAGCAUGAACUUACAAACACAUUUCAUGCUAGAUGACAGAUGACAGGAGUACAUUUCUUUUUAGCCCAGUAUGAACAUCAUAUGAACAUCAAUACCAACAUGACUUUUUACUGUUUUCAGAACAGGUGACGUGCUUCUCUGACAAAAAAUAUGGUUACAUCACCACAGAGUAAUAGUAGACCAGAUAAUGCUCCAAAAAAACCCAAAACAAAACAGGUUUUUGUCAUGAUUAGCAUAGCCACAGGACAA